GUGCGCGCACAUGUUUCUCGGCUACUCUCGCGCACUCGUUACACACAGUUCAGUUAUGACCGUUCUCACCGAGCUUGACUGCCGAGGCUCCAGGACGCGUGGUUUAGAGCGGCUUUUGAGCGACUGUUGGAUCCCAUCUCUCCUGGUCGAAUUUAUCCAGCUCUCUCACGGGGAACUCAGGGAAGGUUGAUGUUACUAGUUGGGGAUGGAGAACACUGGCAGUGUGUGGCCCACAGAAGUGAAUGAGAGUGACUCUGGCCAGGUGUUUGAGGUGUCCCUGCAGAAUGGCUCAUCCAAACGCAGUCCUCAGUUUGAAGGCGUAGAGCUGCUGCAGUCAUUCAAGCCUCUCAUCAUCCCCUGCUACACUGUGGUGGCUCUUGUGGGCGUCUUUGGAAAUUACUUGCUGCUCUAUGUGAUCUGCCGCACUCGCAAGAUGCAUAAUGUCACCAACUUCUUUAUUGGAAACCUGGCCUUCUCUGACAUGCUCAUGUGUGCGACAUGUGUGCCUUUCACCCUGGCAUACGCGUUCAACCCCCAUGGCUGGGUAUUUGGGCGUUUCAUGUGCUACCUGGUCUAUCUCAUCCAACCUGUGACUGUGUACGUGUCAGUCUUCACUCUCACUGCUAUUGGUGUGGACCGAUAUUACGCCACAGUGCAUCCUCUGAAGAAACGUCUUUCAGUUCUGUCCUGCACCUACCUCCUGACUGGGAUCUGGCUUCUCUCCUGCAGCCUGGUGGCACCGGCUGUAGCACACACUUACCACGUGGAGUUUAAGAAUGAGGGCUUCACCAUCUGCGAGGAGUUCUGGAUGGGCCAAGAGCAUCAGCGUUUGGCCUAUGCAUACAGCACCCUAUUUGUGACCUAUGUGCUGCCUCUGUCUGCACUCUGCAUCUCUUACCUGUGCAUCUCCGUCAAACUGAGGAACUGUGUAGUGCCAGGACAUAUGACUGAGAGCCAGGCAGAGGCCCAGCGGAUGCGGAAACGCAAGACCUUUCGCCUGGUCAGCCUGGUGGUGGCAGCGUUUGGCAUCUGUUGGAUGCCCAUUAGUGUGUUCAAUGUGCUGAGAGACAUAGACAUUGGUUUGAUAGAUAAGCGUUACUUCCUGCUCAUUCAGCUGUUGUGUCACCUGUGUGCCAUGAGCUCCUCGUGCUGUAACCCUUUUCUCUAUGCCUGGCUGCACGACCGCUUCCGCGCUGAGCUGAGGAAAAUGUUCACGUGCCGACAGCGAAUCGGCAUCUCUGCCAAUAACUGUGCCACAGCCAGUGUAGUUUAAAGUGUGAUGUCAAGUCAUUUGUAUACAAAGGAUUUUUGUCUGUUACAGCUAUUGACAUCAAUGGAGGACAGGAAUUGUACUUAAAUCAUUACAUUGAAAGAUGUGAGUUAGUCCCAUCACAUUAUGCUGAGCCGAUACUUCUUUGAUACUUCAUACGAAAAAUGAAGAAAAUGCAUAGAUUGUACAUACUUAAGUCUGAAAAUACUGCUUUGCUUUUAAAGCUGCAGAUUUAGCCUUGCUGCUCUAUUCAGUGGCAGACUGUAUUGUGAGGUGUUUAUAAAUAGGUAUGUCCUUGUCAAGUGUAAAAAAGAAGCAACCUUUGGAAAUGUUGCUAUCCAUUUCAAUGAAAUAACUUUAUAUUUUAUGUAUCUAAAAUGUAAUCUCAGCCUAAUAUUUCAACUCAUCUAG